UUCCUUGUAUCAUUCUUCAAUUCGGCCGGCGACUCGUCUGCGAAGAGAACGUUAAUUCCUCGCAAUUCGAUCAGCGAUCUGACUCACGCCACAAGAAAUGGGGAAACGAAAGUCAAGUGCAAAGCCCCCACCUAGGAAGAGAAUGGACAAGCUUGAUACUGUUUUUAGCUGUCCCUUCUGCAAUCAUGGAACCAGUGUUGAAUGUCGCAUUGACAUGAAGAACCUGAUUGGGGAAGCCUCCUGUGGGAUUUGCCAAGAAAGCUUUAGCACAACUGUUACAGCCUUGACUGAGCCAAUAGAUAUAUAUAGCGAAUGGAUCGAUGAAUGUGAGCGGGUCAACAACCCUGAAGAAGACGAUGGUGCUUAGAGGGAAUCAUUGACAAUGCUGCAUAGAGGGAAUCAAUCAUUGGGGAAGGUUGAAGUUUGCCAUUUUUCUAUGAGAACGAAGCUUGCUCGUUCAACCGUUCCUUUUACGAAUCUUAAUUAAUAGGGUGACUUACCGGUAGGUAUAACAACACUCUUACCCUCGUAGCAGUAUAGACAAGCAUGUUUGUAAUAAUAGUAUCAUACUUUUCCAGAGUUUGUGUGAAUUUUCAUCUAUGUGCAAAUGAAGAGUGGGUUUGUGAACCAUCCUUUAUUAUUACUAAUAAUUCUACCUUGUAGAUGAACUAUUAACGGACGUUCGUUCCUUC